AUCCCCAGAGCCGGUUCCCAAAGCCAACUUCGAACGCACCAUGGGCGAUAACUUUAAACUCCGAGUGCAAAAAAUCUUCGGAACUCUCCAAUCUUCGCAAUCUUCAUCUCAGCCGCAGCAGCAGCAGCAGCAGCGACCGCCUCUCUGGUCUCUCUCAGAUGAUGAGGUCGAGAGGAGGGAAUGGAGGAGAGAAUCCAACGCCGAUCGGGAGGAUACGUUGUGUUCGUCGUCGUUUGAUGAGUUCUUGAAGGAGGAAAGGAAGUAUAGGAGUGGAAGACGUAAAGAACUGGAGGAUGAUCUCGAUAACGAUAACGACGACAAUGAAGAUUAUAGAGGUUCGAGUCGGUCGCUUAGUAGAAAAAAUGACGAUUAUGGAGAUGAGUUGGAGAUCAGAUCUUAUAUCGGAAUGGAUUUCACUCUCGAAAACGAGGAAGAGGAAGACCAAUAUGACAGUGGCUUCAGGCAGAGAAAAUGCUGGUGAACGCCUUUAUAUGAAUGACAUUACUGAUCAUGGGUCUUUUUUGAAUUCUCAUUAUAUCCUUCAAAGAGCAUUGAAC